AUGCCUAGAAUAGGCGAUUUAUUUCUGAUAUUCACUCUUUUCCCACAAUUAUUUUUUGCCACUUCGUUGGGUGCCACGAAAAACGCGUCGAUAGGUUACUGUGCUGUCGGUUUAUUCUCAUGCGACACAUCGUAUCGAAAUACUCGCUGCAUUCCGCAGAAAUGGCUCUGCGACGGCGAGAUCGACUGUGUUGAUAGAAGUGAUGAAGCACAGAAUUGUGAGAUCCAAGAAUGUCGACCGGAAGAGUUUCGAUGUCAAAAGUCAGGUCUGUGCCUGCCGGGAGUGUACAGAUGUGAUCGUGAAGUGGAUUGUGGAGAGGAUGUGCACGGAGUGAUCGACGAUUCGGAUGAGGAUACGGAAAUGUGCGGAAGCCCAAUCACAUGUGAGCCAAAUUUUCACGCCUGUUUGACCACUCAAAUCUGCAUUCCGUUGGAUCGUUUUUGUAAUGGGAUUCUGGAUUGUAAAGACGGCACAGAUGAGGGGCAAUUUUGCGACAAAAUACGCCCUAGUGGAUGCAAAUUUGGCGGCUCGCCGACAAUCAACGCUGGCUAUCGAUGCUAUUGUCCGAGGGGGCAGGAACCAAAAGGCAAUGAUUGUAUCGACGUGAACGAGUGUGAACAACGAUUGAAAGGUCUUCCACCAGUUUGCUCUCAAAAAUGCGAAAAUCUCGAGUACAAGAACGCGACAAGUGCAGGGUUUUCGUGUAGUUGUGAGGAGGGAUUCGAGCUGAUCGAUGGGAGGAAAUGCGUGCCGAAAACGGAUUCAAAUUCUGCUCUUUUUCUCAUCAGCGACUCAUCAAUCUCGUCUCGAGAUCUCGCAAAAAUUCAAGGUGAUCGACUACAAGAAACGACAGAAAAAGACCUUAAUGCUUUUGAUAUCGAUAUUGCCCAAGGAAGAGCGUGUUUCGUGAGCUCACGAAUCAUCGUUUCCGAUAAUGUGGAUAUUGACGAUGAAUCGGUAUUUGAGUGUGCGCCGGUGAAAGAUGGUAAACUCGGGAGUACGACGUUGUCCAUUGCGCCGAACACUUAUCAAUUGUCAAAUGUAAAACUUCUAAAAUUCGAUUGGAUUGCGCGCAAUUGGUACCUCGUCGACACGACUGGACGAGUGAUCAUUUUGUGUGCUGAUGAACGGUUCACUUUGUGUAAAACGAUUGUCUACAAUGGAGUCGACAAGCCGGCUGAUCUCGUUGUUGAUCCAAUCAACGGUUAUUUAUUCUAUGCGGAUUUUGGCACAAAACACACCGGCGUCUGGCGUUUUAAUCUUGAUGGAACCGAGAGGAAAAAUAUGAUUGACAAGGGAGCGGUGAUGCUACAAGCGUUGGCGAUCGAUAUCCAUUCGAAGACGUUAUACUAUUUGGAUACGUAUUUGGAGUUGAUCCGAGCCAUCAACUAUGAUCAAGCGGGAAAAUCACGAAUUGUAGCCAGUGGGAGAAUUCUCAAAUCAAUGUCUGGGAUGGUUGUGCUGGGCACGAGACUUCUGCUGGUCGGAAGGAAAAAAAUCGUUGAAUAUGACACGAUGAAGAAUAGCACUCAAAAAGCCGUUCUUUACGACGAUUACAAUGUGGAGAAAAUGGUGGAUCGAGUCGCGAUUUAUCAUGAAAGUUUGCAAAUGAGAGCUCCGAACGCAUGCCAAAAAAACAACGGUGCUUGUUCGGAUAUUUGCGUUUCAAUGCCCGGAAAAGAGGGACCAAAAGCGAAAUGUUUAUGUAAAGAAGGUUACACGAAUCGUGAUGGGAAAUGCGUGAUUGGUGGAGUGGGUGAUCCGUUGUUGAUCUUUGCUCGAAUACGACCAGCGAGCAUAGCCGGGAUUCCGCUACAAAUCGAGAGCACACCAUUGAAUACUUCAAAAGUCGAGCAAUUGAUGCCCCCAAUCCAGCACCUCUUUCGGCCAACAGCUCUAACGAUUGACUCACAAAAAAUGCAUCUUUAUUUCUCAGAUGCUCGCAAUUUCACAAUCUAUCGACGAUCGAUUCAGAAAACGGAACUCGAAGUGGUGAUUGAGUCGGGUCUCUCCAAUUGCGAGGGUUUAGCAUAUGAGUGGACAUCUGGGAACAUCUACUACACUGAUCAAGGUCUGCGUCAUGUCGGGGUUUUCUCGAGUCGCAAUCCGAAACACCGAAAGAUUCUCCUCGACACUGAGAUGCGAAAUCCGCGCGCGAUUGCUGUUCAUCCAAUUAAGGGAUAUCUCUUCUUCUCGGAUUGGUCAGAGAACGCGGAUGGAAAAGCGAAAAUCGAGAGAGCAAAACUGGAUGGAUCUGAACGAAAGACUUUGAUAAAUCGAAGAAUUCAAUGGCCAAACGGUUUAUCGAUCGAUUUCGAGAACGAUUUUCUGUACUGGUGCGACGCUUUUUAUGCGCACAUUGAGCGGAUUCGACUGAAUGGAAGCGAUAGAGAAAUUGUUGUCGCUUCUCAAUGGGUCAAUCACCCUUACGGACUCUCCGUCUACAACGGUUUUCUCUUUUGGUCGGAUUUCAAGGCUGGAGUGAUUAAACGAGCGCUUCUCUCAAGCACAUCAAAUGCGACGAAUGUUGUGACGAUCUACGAAGAGACGUCACCGAUUUUUGAGCUUCAAAUCUACGAACAACAUCUGCAAAAAGAAACGACCGCUUGCUCGAAAGACAAUGGAGGCUGCGAGCAGUUGUGCUUUCCGAUGGGUUGCAAAGGAUCGGUCGGUUGCGAGCCGGGCAAGUGCGUUUGUGUGGACGGCUACAAAGUGGAUCCGUUGAAUAAAAAGAAAUGCAUAGUGGAUCCGAAUUACAAGCCGAAAGCGGCGUGCAACGACACGGCCAUGUUCAAAUGUUUGAGACAUCAAAAAUGCAUUGACAAGUCCCGACUUUGCGAUGGAGAAGACGAUUGCGGAGAUGAGAGUGACGAGGAUCCGAAGGGAGCUUGCAAAGAUUUCAAAUGCCAAAACGUAAAGGAUUUCAAAUGUGAUGGUACACUUUGCAUCGACGAGAAAUGGGUUUGCGAUGGUCGACCCGAUUGCAAAGAUAAAUCGGAUGAAGAUUCAAAAAGAUGUGAAGGAAAAGCAACCAUUUGCCCGAGUAAACAUUUCCAAUGCGAGAAAACGAAGCGCUGCAUUCCGGCCGCAUGGACUUGUGACGGGCAAAGAGAUUGUGGAGAUGGGGAUCGAUCGGAUGAAGUGAAAAACUAUGAUGGAGAACUCUGUGCAGAAAUCAAAACUCGAUCCACUUAUGGCUGUAAACCCUCGGAAUUCUCUUGCUUAAACGGGAAAUGCAUUUUGAUGAAAUUCGUCUGCGAUGGGAUGCCCGAUUGUCGCGAUGCAAGCGAUGAGCUGAACUGUGAACAUGACUGUGUCCGUGGCUAUCAAUUCCAAUGUGGUGCUGGCCAACCGUGUCUCCCAGUCAGUUUCCAGUGUGACCAAGUGGUCGAUUGCCCGGAUGGGAGUGACGAAUCGAAUGCAACAUGCCCCGACUCCUUUACUCAAUCCAUUGCAAAAGGCGGUUGUGGUGAUAAAAUGUUCGAAUGUCUUCCGGGUUUUUGCAUCCGAGAAGCUUUUGUUUGCGAUGGGUCAGCGGAUUGCCCGAAUGGGAUCGAUGAGCUCAAAUGUGAAAAGAAACCGCUAACUUGUGCGGUGGAAAGCGAAUGGAAAUGUUUGGACGAGAGUCGAUGCAUUCCACACGCUUUUCUUUGCGAUGGUUUCAUCGAUUGCGGCGAUAAAAGCGAUGAGGCGAAUUGUGCUUCAUCAAAAACGGUGAACCCCCAUCGGUGCAUUGAGCCAAAUUUCCUCUGCCGAAAUGAUACUCGAAAUCGAUGCAUUAGUCCGGAAAAGGUAUGCGAUUUGAUUCAAGAUUGCCCGAAUGGUGAUGAUGAGGGUUUACUUUGUGGGGAGAGAAUGUGUCGUCGUGGCUCUCUCUGUGAUCACAAAUGUUUCGAUCGUCCCACCGGUUAUGUGUGCUCGUGUGAGGAUGGAUAUGCGUUGGAUAGUGAUGGGAAGACUUGUAAAAAAAAAGAUCCCUGUUCUUUCGGCGCCUGUUCCCAGCUCUGUGAGCCACAUGGAGCUUUACCGUAUUGCUAUUGCGAGGCUGGAUACGAGAUCAAAAGUGAUCUUUUCUCAUGCAAAAUCAGCGAAACCUCAGCCCGUCCCUCUUUUAUUUACACGAAUCGGCACGAGAUUCGAAUGCUGUCGUUUGGGAGUUCGCAAUCGAUUCCACUCACAUCAACGAUGCGAAAUGCGAUUGCGUUAGAUUAUUAUUAUGAAGAUGACGACAACAUCACAAUUUUUUGGACUGAUAUCGCUAAUGACAUGAUCUAUCGAGGAGAAUUAAUCAAAAAAGUACUUGUCAACAUUCAUCCUGUGAUUCGACACGGUUUAUGGACGGCUGAGGGUCUGGCUGUGGAUUGGUUAGGGAAGAAUAUUUACUGGGUCGACAGUUUUCUCGAUCAGAUCGAGGUAGCCAAAUUCGAUGGCUCAAUGCGAGCGACGGUGCUCCGCGGAAACAUGUCCAAUCUCCGAUCGCUGUCAUUGGAUCCAAAAAGUGGUUUAAUGUUCUGGACAGAUUGGGAAGAAACAAGACCGAGAAUCGAAAGAGCGACAAUGGCCGGCGAGGAUCGAAAAGUCAUUUUUGAGGUGAAAGGCGUGGUGACUGGAGGAUGGCCGAACGGGAUCACGUGCGAUUUGACUGCGCAAAGGGUUUACUGGCUUGACGCAAAAUCGGACAGCAUUCACACGAUCACCUAUGACGGAACUGAUCACAUCGAGGUGUUGCGAGAUAGCAGUCAUUUAGCUCAUCCGUUCUCGGUGGCUCUUUUCGAAUCGCAUGUCUAUUGGACUGAUUGGAGGAUUAUGGCUAUUGUCAGGGCCAACAAAUGGAAUGGAACCAAAGUGCAAAUCGUCGAGUCGACUUUCACGCAACCAUUUGAUCUGAAGAUCGUUCAUCGACUGAAACAACCCAGAAGCAUAAAAACGGGACCUUGUUGGCCGAAAAGCGACUGUUCACACAUUUGCCUUAUUAAUGGGAAAAUUGGAAGCAAGUGUGCUUGUCCGCAAAUGAUGCGCCUCAAAGCCGAUAAUAAGACGUGUGAAGGCAUUGAACAAACGCUUUUCAUUUCAUCAAACGGAUCUGUUUGGGCGAUUGAUCUCGAUCCACCGAACGACCCAGUAUUUCCAAUAAUCGGAAUGAGGGGACACGAUGGUAUGUGUAAA